AUGCCCGGGUUUGAUUACAAGUUUCUGGAAAAGCCAAAGAGACGGUUCCAGUGUCCGCUCUGCAGCAAGGCGAUGCGGGAGCCGGUCCAAGUGUCUACCUGCGGACAUCGGUUCUGUGACACCUGUCUGCAAGAAUUCCUGAGCGAGGGUGUCUUCAAGUGUCCGGAGGACCAGCUACCGUUGGACUAUGCCAAGAUCUACCCGGAUCCUGAGCUGGAGCAGCAGAUCCUGGCGCUGCCCAUCCGCUGCAUCCACAGUGAGGAGGGCUGCCGCUGGACCGGCCAGAUGAAGCAGCUGCAGGGCCACUUCUCCACCUGCGCCUUCAAUGUUAUACCCUGCCCCAACCGCUGCUCCGUCAAGCUGACACGCCGCGACCUGCCCGACCACCUGCAGCACGACUGCCCCAAGCGCAAGGUCAAGUGCGAGUUUUGUGGCAGCGAGUUCACCGGUGAAGCCUACGAGAACCACCAGGGUGUGUGUCCUCAGGAGAGUGUUUACUGUGAGAACAAGUGUGGGGCGAGGAUGAUGCGUCGUCUGCUGUCCCAACACGGCUUGGCAGAGUGUCCGAAACGCACACAGCCCUGCAAGUACUGUGGCAAGGAGUUCGUCUUCGACACAAUCCAGAACCACCAGUACCACUGCCCUCGCUUUCCUGUCCAGUGCCCAAACCAGUGCGGCACACCCAACAUCGCCCGAGAGGAUCUGGCUAACCAUGUGAAGGACAACUGCGGCAGCGCACUCGUUCUGUGCCCCUUCAAAGACGCUGGCUGCAAACACAGGUGCCCCAAACUGGCUAUCAGUCGUCAUCUGGAAGACACCACUAAGUCUCACCUGACUAUGAUGUGUAACCUGGUGGGGCGUCAGCGGCAGGAGAUCCUUGAGCUGCGGAGGGAGAUGGAAGAGCUGUCCGUCAGCCACGACGGCGUUCUCAUCUGGAAGCUCAGCGACUACUCACGCAAGCUCCAGGAGGCCAAACUCCGGAGCAACCACGAGUUCUUCAGCCCGCCUUUCUACACCCAUCGCUACGGCUACAAGCUGCAGGUGUCGGCCUUCCUGAACGGCAACGGCAGCGGCGAGGGCUCCCACCUCUCUGUCUACAUCCGCGUGUUACCUGGAGAGUACGACAGCUUGCUGGAGUGGCCCUUCUCCUACAAGGUGACUUUCUCCAUCAUGGACCAGAGCGACCCGUCGCUUUCCAAACCACAGCACAUCACGGAGACCUUCAACCCCGACCCCAACUGGAAAAACUUCCAGAAGCCCAGCAGCAGCCGCAACUCGCUGGACGAGAGCACACUGGGCUUCGGCUACCCCAAGUUCAUCUCUCACGAGGAGAUCAAGAAGAGGAACUACAUCCGAGACAACUGCGUCUUCAUCAAGGCUUCUAUAGAGAUUCCCCAGAAGAUUAUGGCUUAAGAUCCGACCUUUGUUUUGAGAAAGAUAGGUUAAAGACUGGAACUGACACUUAACCUUUAAACUUUUACACACUUACCCUUUAGAUAUUUUCUGCCCUUACAGCCUCUCCACCACAGAGCUUGAAGGGAGUCUGUUUGGCUGUGUGAGCUGACUCGGAGGACCUUGAUACAUCACAGAGCAGAAAGUGUUUGGUCAGCAGAACCAUCACUCUCUGGUGUUUCUUUUUAUUAUUUUUUUUUUAUCUGUUUGCUGACCUUUUAUCACAGUCUACAACAAAAAGCCUUGGAAAUCAAACAGUGCCUAGAGAGAUUAUCUUAAGUUAUAUUUUUGUUGUUGUUUCCGCAGUACAAUUGUUAAAGAUUAUGGAAAAAAGGGGGUGAAGUGGGUGAAGGGCUUCUCUAAGCCUCUGCACUUACAGAAGAGAGAAAGUUAGACUCUGGUUAGAGACGCCCCGUUUGGGGGAUCUAAAGAAGAGGGAGCUCAGCAGACUCAUGCUCAAGCCCAACUGCCUUUUGUUUACAUGCUCAUAUUCCCACUGAUUCUUUAACAAACACAGAGCCCUUGGUAAGAAACUGCUCGUGAAGUUUAUGUACACACAAACAUAAAAUCGAUGUUUUCAAGUGAGAAACUUGCAGCUUCAAUCUUGACAUUUUUUUUGUGUUCUUAAGGAAAAGUACUAAAUUUUGAUUCAUUUGAAUUAGAAGAUCAAUACCACUCUCAUAUCUAUACGUUCAAUAUAAAGCCACGACCAGCAGCAGAUUAGCUUAGCUUAGCAUGAAGUCUAGAAACAGGGGGAAGCAGCUAGUCUGGCUGUGUCAAAAGGUAACAAAAUCCAUUUACCAGCACCUGUAAAUUUCAAUCAUUAGCAACUUUAUGUCUCAUUUGUUUAAACCAUACAAAACACUUUGGUCGGAGCCAGACUAGCUGUUUGCUCCUUAUAGUCUUAAUGCUAGGCUAAGCUAACUGGCUGCUUUGGAUAGGUAUGAGAGUGGUAUUGAUCUUCUCAUUUAACACACCAAAAACAAAUAAAUGUAUUUCCCAAAAUGACAAACUACUCCUAAAACUAUAAUUAAACAGGCCUGGCAUAAAACAAAGAAAGUCCUACAAGUUUUGGGCUUUUUAAACAUAAAAUUGAAACUGUCAAGCUCCACCAAGCAAGUUUUUUAGUUUUUUAAGUUUUUUACCUGAUAACAUUGAAGCUACAUAUCUGUCUCCUCUAGUUAACUGCUCCCAUCACAGUUACAGUCUGUGUUUGUCAUAAGUGCGACCCAGUAGUAAAUAGCUUCAGGAUCAUGCUCAUGUACCAAACACUUCAUAGUGAUCUUAUGAAGCUCCGUUAACAAAGUGGAGGCUACCUAUAAGGGAGAAAAAGCACCUUUUGUCGAUCUUAAGAUGAGCAGAGCAGACAAAGAGGCCAGUUGUUGGACACGUGCAUUUAAUAGUGAAGAAAAAGCCAUGUGGCCUUUUUAUACAGUAUGUCUUCGCAUGAGGGUUUUAGGGGUGAGCAGGGCAACAUAAACACAUGCAUGCUUCAUGUGCUACCACCUGGACCACAUUUUUGUACUGUAACCUGUAUUCUUGAAGUCCUCUCCCAUUGAUGGCUAUUUUGUCUCUUUUUUUGGACCGUUUGAAAGUUGACGAAUUGUCAAAAAGUACGUUUUUGUCGUUGUUGUUUUUUUAUAUACAGAAAAUGUGAACGCUCUCGGUAAUAACCUAUAAAGACAAUGAACACUUGGCUGUGAAGUGUAUUGUUUUACAAUUAUGGACUGUGUACUGUUUGAGAAUGUGGUUAAUGACAUGGUCCCUGCAAAUAAGUGGGUGUCUCGGGACUGACUACACCUUUUGUUGUUACCACGGUAACCGGUGUCUAUCUUCAGCUCGGCACACAAUGUUGUGACGGGGAGCGGUUGGAGGGAUGUGCGAUACACCUGUCUUCAUUACAGCACCAUCAGAGGGGUGGAGGACUUUGAUGAUACAGUACACAUAUGUGAAUACUAAUGUAAAAAUGCAGAAGCACAUUCUGUCUUUUUAUUAUUAUACAUGAAAAAACUCCUGAUUUCUUGUCAUAAUACCAGCUGAUAUUUUACAGUGAUUUAAAGAGGUGAGAAGAUUAAAACUUUUUUGUAAGAUUCUGUAUUUUUAAAAACACUUAGCUGUUUUAUACAAACACUUUUCGUUGGAGAGUCGGGGUUGACUUUGGGAAUUUUCAGACCCUUUCGUCUCUUUGGACAUUUGGAUAAUUCGUUUGUACUUGUGGUUUGAGCCUCACAUAUUCUGUCUGUAUUAUUUCCUCUUUAAAGUAUUUAUUUUAAGGAGCCGUCGUGUGAGUUUGAACAGAUGGCACAAACGUUUUAAUAUGUUGAUUGAUGAGUGCUUGUUAAUUUCUGAAUUGAAAUAAAA